ACUAAGAACAGGAAAUAUAGAAACUAGAAAUGAGUUUGUGUUUAUAUGCCAGCAAAAUCUGGUGGAGCGACUUAGCCACAUUUUUUGUGUCUUUUACUUUAUUGGCUCCCUUAACAAUUCUUAUUCUUCCAGAUUCCACCUUUUUGGAUGACAAGUUUUAGCUACAGAUUAUCCUUAGCCCAGACUAGUGAUACAAAGGGCACCAGGAAAACUCAUGCUUCAGAGAAAGAAAAAGGUAAUGUAAAUGGCCUUGUGACUUGGCAUUUUAAUAUGCCAUGACAGCUUGACAUACUUUUUAAGCAACCAAAAGGGUGUAAUUCUAAUAUUCAUGCCAAAGCUAAAGGUUUCCAAGGUGCAGGACAUGGAUUUUGAUGGAAGCCGACCAAUUAUCUGUGACAAUGGAUCAGGCUCGGUGAAGGCUGGUUUUGCAGGUGAUGAUGCUCCAUGUGUAGUUGUUCCCAGUGUGAUAGGUCAGCCCUGGAACAAGCAUGCAAUGAUUGGAAUUGGACAGAAGGAUAUGUACUUUGGAGAUGAAGCACAAGCACGCCGUGGGGUCCUAAGAUUAAGUUAUCCCAUUGAUCAUGGAGUAGUCAGAGACUGGGAAACCAUGGAGAGACUGUGGGAUCAUAUCUUCAAGGACAAACUUCAAGUUACCAUAGAAGAACACUGUGUCCUCCUAACCGAGGCCCCCCUGAAUCCCAAAACUAACAGAGAGAAGAUGGUGGAAAUCAUGUUUGAAGCUUUUGAAGUUCCUGCCACCUAUAUAGCAAUUCAAGCCGUGCUCUCCCUGUGUGGCAGUGGCCAGACAACAGGAAUUGUGGUGGAUUCUGGAGAAGGGGUGACUCAUGUUGUCCCCAUUUAUGAAGGGUAUGCACUUCCACAUGCCGUGCAACGGCUUGAUCUAGCCGGGAAGGACCUAACAGACUACCUUACCAAGAUCCUAGCCGAAGAAGGUUACAUAUUCACCACAUCAGCAGAAAGAGAGAUUGCUAGGGACAUCAAGGAGCGACUCACUUACGUGGCAAUAGAUUUUGAGAAGGAACUUGCUAUGUCAAGGGAAAGCUCUGAGCUUGACAAGCAAUAUGAAUUGCCAGAUGGGCAAGUGAUAAAAAUUGGAGUACGGCUGUUCAAGUGCCCGGAAGUUCUGUUUGAUCCUAGCAUAAAUGGAAUGGAAUCAGGAGGAGGUAUCCACGAGACUCUGUUUAAGUCGAUCAGGAGGAGGUGUGACAUGGACAUUAUGAGAGACAUGUUUGCGAACGUGGUGCUAAGCGGGGGUACCACCGUCAUACCAGGCAUGGCUGACCGACUAUUGAAGGAGCUAAACUCAUUGACACCUCCCGGUGUCAAGGUUAGGGUGAUUGCACCUCCAGAGAGGAUGUAUAGCGUUUGGAGAGGUGGCUCUAUGGUAGCUUCACUCAGUACCUUUCAGCAGAUGUGGAUUUCAAAGGGAGAGUACAUGGAGUCUGGUUCUUCCAUUGUGCACAGGAAAUGCUUUUGAACAAGUUGUUCCAUUUCAGUUUCUUUUACAAUCAUAUUGUAGUCCUCCAUUUUCUUUGUCUAUAAUACAAAGCUAAAGGGUUAAUCUUUCUUUCUC